AUGCCUAAUAUUGAAUAUCUUCAUAUAAAAGUUCCUAUCAAUGAUCAAUUUUGGUCUAUUGUUCCAAGGUUAAAUCGACUACGCUCACUUAUAGUUUCAUCUCAUGGUGAUACUUUUCAUUCUCAGGUACAAACUUUAUUAGAUCGAGCACCUCAUCUACACGCACUAACUAUCAAUCAAGAUAAAUCAUUACCUUUAGAAAUGUCAUUAUUCAAAUACUCAAAUGCUUCAGUUCAUGAACUCUCUUUAGAUAAAUGUCAACAUUAUUUCAAUGAAGAGGAAUGUAAUUUGUUGAGUCGUUCAUCAUUAGGUGUUCAAUGUGAAGUACUUUUUAUUCGAGUUGAUAAUCGUGAAUGUAUUAUUAAUCUUGUCAAAAAUAUGGUUAGUCUUCGAAUAUUAAUUAUCGUCUGGAACGAUGAAAAAAAUUCCAAAGACUUAAGACUAACAAAUAUUAACGAUGAAUACCGUAAUAGAAAAACACAAAUUUCAAAUCAACUUGUUCAAUGGUUAAAAGAUCAUUUGCCAUGGACGUAUGUAGUCGUUAGUUAUUCACAAUAUAAACAUAUCUCAAUACGAAUUGAACAGAGAAAAGAAAGAUAA